UCAUUUCAUCGUGCGGCGACAAGUUAAGAAUUUGCGAUACAUUUUCAGGCGAAUGUAUGCGAACGUUCACCGGGGGAAGAGGUAUGGGACGACAGCUGGCAUGGCAUCCAGACGGCAAUCUGGUGGCUUUAGCAUUAAGUUGUAACCGCGUUAAGAUAUUUGACAAAGCUGAAGGCGAGCUAAUACAGUGCAUUCGUCGCCGGAGAAUGAUGUUGCAUUUCACCCAAGUGGAAAUUUCUUGGUGACUGGCGGCGAUGACGAUACAAUAAGAUUGCUUGAUUUAUUAGAAGUUGCCCGUUUGGAAAUCUAAUUUGCAUACAUUUGAUGCCAAUAGCGCGCAACAAACAAGCCAGUUCUCAAAGAGCCCAAAUUGAUCUUAGUCACGCAACAGCUCCACAUAACUCCGCCAUAGACACACCAGUUGCUGGAGUACCAAAAAGCUGUGAUGACAGUAUUUUAAUUGAUCCACGACAAUCGGUGGCAUAUGGAAUGCGUGAUGGAAAUUUUCUGGUGCUUGAUAGCCAAUAUACUACAAGAUUACAUUAAGAAGCUCAUAGAGGACAGAGCGGUUGGUGAGGAAGGUGUCGAGUUACUGCUGUACUGCAACUGGGAAAAUCCGCAUUUCGCACGUGCUCCACUCGUAUGGAAUAGUAGCUUAUGUCGAAAGGCUGGUUUUAGUAUAAUGCGGCAUUCGCAGCAUACCCUCACUGGCGCCGAGCCGUUGAAGAAAUUUUGGAUAAAUAAACGUGCAAGAAAUAGUUCAGAUACUAGCACUGGAGAUUUAUUUUUUUAAUAUACCUUGUUUAUACCUACACAAAAUCCGGAUUAGCAAAAAACUGAUUGGACUCAACAUAUAUUUCUUUACAGCAUUUAUCCCCCUGUCUUUAUAGCGCACUCGAUAAAGUCUUAUU